AUGGAAACUCCUUCACUGUCGGCUAGCGUCAUGACAAUAAUGGCUUCCUUUACGACUAUUGAUUCUCCCACAACUAUUAAUUUCGAAACAAUUUUAGAUGUUAGUGCCAUGAAAGGUACCUCAGCAACUCAAGAAUCUACAAGCAUAGGCAUGGAUACAACAAUAACAGAAUCUGCAACAACUACUGAUUCAUCAACCAUGAACAUGGAUACGACAUUGAUAGACUACACAACAACUACUAAUUCUACAAGCAUAGAUACGUUUACGCCAUCCAUCGAUUUUACAGCAAUUCCUCCAUCUGCCACCAAUCACACAGUUUCGACAAUAACUGACAUCACAACAACUGAUGCGUCUUCAACCAUGGACACAGGUUCGACAAUAACUGAUUUCACAGUAACUGAUGCGUCUGCAACCAUGGACACAGGUUCGGCAAUAACUGACAUCACAACGACUGAUGCGUCUACAACUAUGGACACAGGUUCGACAAUAACUGGUUUCACAGUAACUG